AAAUGGUUCUUCAUUAAUUCAAAAAUGUCGUAAUACAGCAGAAAAGAUAGUGAAUCCAAAGUGGGCUCAAGUGACCAUUUAAGGACCAAAAAGAGAUAUUUACGGACUCUAAAAUGGCAUUAUUCUUCUACAGACCUUGGGCAGGAGAUGCCAUUUCGGAAGAUGUUACGCCAGCCGAACCAUUUUAUUAUACUAGAUGGGGGUACGCGGCAUUGCUCGGAAUAACCCUGUUUGUUGGUUUAGUCCUAAACUCAGUUUAUCUACUCGGAUACCUAGUCUGCCCCGGGGCUAUGCUUCAGGUUCCUCAUGUAGCAAUAGUCGGACUAGCUAUACGAGACUUAAUAGUGUGUCUUAUAGUCAUUCCAGCAGCUAUAGAUUGGUUUAUAGUUGGUUUAUCUACCUGGAGCGGAGGAGACGCUUGGUGUGCAACAGCAAUAUUCUUCGACUUUUACUUGAACGCCCUGUACCCCCUUCUACUUAUUACGCUUUGCGUCAUCCUGUACACAAGGAAGGUGCCCCCUGUCCUUCCACCUUCCAGAGAACCCUCUCUCCGUGUAUCCAGCAGAAUGUCAAACAGGAGUGGAUAUACCCACCGUACACACAACUCACAACAGCAAAGAUCUCAGAGUUACUCCGGACAACAACAACAACAAUUCAACUCCAACAGAUUAUCUGUACCAAACCAAAGGAUGCAAGGGCAUUCCCCAGCCGGAAGUCAGCAAGGAAUGGAUCCGGCCGGAUUCAGGAAAGGGUUUUCAAAGAGUUCCAGAGAAAACUCUAUUGCAGGCUCCGAACGAGGAUAUGAUAUGGGAGUCAGAAAUGGUUCAAUAGCCAGCCGGGAACAUCGAGCCGGAUCCGUAGCUGGCAGUCGGGGAGAUCGAGCCGGAUCUGUGGAUAGGAGCCGGGGAGAUAGGUCGUCUUCAGUUCCUGGGAACCGGGGCUCAGGGAAUGGAUAUUUGGCUCCACCUCAACGCCAGAUGCGGAGUGGUUCCUCCCCUUUGAAGAUGGUUGAGGAAGAGUAUGCUCCUAGUUUGAUUGGAUCUGACCUCUGGGACGCCGCCAGCCUCGGAUACCCCGGCCUCGACGAGUUCGAGAUGGAUCAUGAGGAUGAUGAGCCGAGAUUACGUGAAUGGUUACAAUGGUUCAUCCCAGUUAUCUGUCUUUUAUCCCUGGGCUUCGGUAUACCUGCAGCAGCUAGCAUGGAGACAGUUAACUCCCCUGGUUGCUAUGUGCAUGUGAACCCCUUCGAGAACCCCAACAGCUACAUUAUCAACGACCCUGGGUUCAACUUGAUGAUAUGCUCCGUCGUGUUCACGUACAUAGCCCCCGGCCUACUCAUGAUCUUCUUCUCCCUCCUACUCUGCACCACCAGGUGGACAAAGGAUGGAAAACUGAACCGGUUUUACAAGAUGUGUAUUGCACUCUGUGCCUUCUUCAUUGCCGUUAAAUCUCCAGUCGAUAUUAUCCAGUUUAAAGAUCUAGUGUAUUCUGCGUAUGGCUCCAAGCAAGUGAAUAGGCUACCAAAUACAUUGGAGCAUGAUGUUCUGAUAUUCUGGGCAGCUAUCCUACCUGUUGUAGGAAAUCCUAUAAUAUAUCUAACCUGUGUAUCCGACUACAGGGUUAAUAUAGCUCAAGCUUGGAAGUUGAUUACUGGAAAACAGGAUAAAGAAGCACUGUAUAUUGAUGAGUAUAAGGAUAACAAGCUGACAGAGGAAUCAGAUGUUUUGUAGAAAUAUAUCAGUAGCAGACAUUUUAGAUUUUCUAUACAGAGUUACCCAAAAAAGAAUGAGACUUACUCUAUAUAUAUAUAAUUAAUUUAUAACAAUCGGAAGAAUUAAUUUGGACAUCUCUGUACUAAAUAUAUUUUUUAAAUACAGGAGGAAAAAAAUAUAAAAUAAUGGUUAUUUUUAUAAGAAAAAAGACAGAACAAAAUUCGUAUCAAUUCUCAUCCUUUGUGGUUAACCUUGUAAACGUACAAUGUACCUUUCUAUUGUAACUAAUGAUAUUAUACAAGAGGUGAGGUGACUGGAAUGUUGUACGCAUUUUAUGUACAUGCAUACUAUAACCUUUUUUUGACCGGUUCCAAUAUUACAAAGUUCGUAUACAAUUUUCUAUUCCCAAACUUUUAUAACUUGAUUGUAUUUUCAUUAUCCGUUAUACUUUUUUAAUUGUAAACUAUUUUACAAAUCCAAUAUACUCCACAUAAAGUACAACAUUUUACAAAUCAAAAAACUCCAUUUCAAUGCAUGUACAUUCAUUCAACACCAUGUACAUGUUUCUAAGAUUAGCUAAUUUAAAUAUUUUACAGUAAUCCACACAAAAAAGAUUUUAUGGAAGUUUUAUGUAAAUUCACUUUUCAAUGAUGACAGCUUGAGGUUUUCAGACUAGUUUUCAAACUAUAAACACUGUACACUAUACAGGACGGGUUAGCAAGGUUUAAAAAAGAACUUAAUUUUCUAAAGUUAAAACUGUCUUUUUGUCAUUGAAAAACUUUAAGCGGAAGAAUAAUGAAUUUUUUCAUAAAUCUUUAUUGAUAUUUCCAUGGACUCCAAGAAAAGCAAGAUAAUUUUAAUAAUAGAAUAAAAAUAGUGUACUUAUCAAAACUAAAAGCUGUAACUUUCAAUUUGAACAUUUCAAUUCAUUUAAUGGUAAAAACUCAAGACCCCGAAGAAUUGAUUUUUAAAUUUUGUACGUUUUAAAUAACAUAAAAUACAAGUAACUUUAUUUCAACCAUAUUGUUAUUUGUUUUAUAACAUUUUACAAAA